AAGAUUAAAUCAAGUUGGAGUGACAGGGGGCUGUCAACCGGCUCUCUGUGUAGGUUUAAAGUUCAGAGUAUUUGCCUAGUCUGAGAGUGAAGGGCUCCGUGUGGAGUCUGUCGAUCAAAACCAGCCAGACACCGUCCUGCUACUUUAUUAUUAUUAUUAUUAUUACUAUUAUUUUCUCAACAUCAACUCAGAGAUGGAAGAGGGGUUAUCCUAUGGGACAUCAGUCUGGAGAAAGAAGCUAAUGUUUUGGCUUUGCUCUGUGCUGCUCUCCAUAGCUGAAGCCAAAGGUGAGACGUCCCAUGCCCACCCCACAGUGAGCGUUUCUGCCCCCCACAUGUACUACACCUGUCCCGAGGGUGCAACUGUCAAACUGGUGUGUGCCCAGAGAGGUGCCGCCUUACACCCCACUGAUCUCUUGAGGCACAGUUGGCUUUUCACGGCCCAUACUGAUCAGCACUGUUCAGGAAGGCAGGGCCCACGCCAUACUACCGUCGGUGCUCAUUCCCAUGGCAACCACACCUUACCACCAGGCUUGCAAUUUGGAGCUUCAGAGCAGAAUUUCUGGAUAGUUUUGCAGAACGUCACCAACGCUGACCAGGGUCGCUACUGCUGUUUGGUCCUCGACAUCCAGGUGGCAAAUAAACAUGGCACCCUGGUGCAGAAACCCCACAGCCAUGUUAUUCUCCAUGUUACACCACGGAGAAAUGGAUCUCAAGAUUGCACAGUCUGGGAUGCCACACCAUCUGGAGCCACUGUGCCAGUGGGUUUGGCCAUAGCAGCCUGCAUCUUGGCUCUGCUCUCUCUGCCUCUUGUUCUGUUGCUUGUGUACAAACAGAGGGAGAACAGCCAGUCGAGCAGACGUGCACAAGAGCUGGUGAGGAUGGACAGUGAGGCCCACGGCCAUGAGAACCCAGUGUUUCUUGGGGGAUCACCACAGAUUAAGACCCGAACCGUUUCUCAGAUCAUGACCAGACAGUCCUCUGAGACAGGACGCCACCUGUUGUCUGAGCCAGGAACCCCUCUUUCUCCUCCUGCACAUGGGGACGUAUUCUUCCCAACAGAAGACACCAUCCCUGAGUCUCCAGACUUCCUGCAAAUUUAAAGGGGGGUGACGCCUCAUUCAUUGCUGUAACUGCUGACCUGGAAGCAGCCCUGCAACUCUCUUCCUCUUCUCUCUGCCUUCAGAAUGAUGUUGCCCUUAUGAACUGUCUCACAAUAAUUUCUGCCGGGAUUGUUAUCUGUACAUUGUCUGGACGGCAGGAGGGAAUGGACUAUUUCCACCUGCAACAACAGCUGGAGGCCAAAAGCGAACUUUUGCUUCUGAGCACUUGUGUUGUGGCGGGGGCUGGGUUUGUGUGUGACAUUCCAUCUAAACGCUGACAACAGCUCGUGGACCAACAGGCGCCUCAGUCCGGUGGGGCCUGCUGCUUGAUACAGACCCAGGCUGCUAAGGGUGGGGGUCCUGUGGUGUGCAGGUUUGGCGUUUUAAGAGUGAAACCGUUUCUGUGGACUCUAAAGUUACUUUCACAUCUAAGUUCAAACUUGUGUCCUACUCUGUGUAAUUUGUCAGUUCCUCAUUAAAAUAUACAAACACAGAAACCACACAGUCAUAGCGUGACCCCCCGCCGCCAUUAUGUUGGGAGCACAAACUGGACUGGAACUGUAAGACAACAAUGUACAAGUCUCAAAGCAACCAAAGGCUUUCUCUCAUCUAUGCUACUGUAAUAAAUGUUCUAAUAGCACCUUACCAAAGGAGGCUCAAUCGUCAGAGAAGUCCCAGUAUCCUUGUACAUGUUGAGAGUAAUUUAUGGUUUUAUGGCAUUACACUGUUCCACUGAAUCAUUUCCACCAGGCCUUGGCUUCUUUUUUCUUCUCUCUUUGCUACCUCAGUUGCUGUCAGCUCUGUUGCUCUCACAGCAUUUUGCAGUGGCCUUAAUAAGACAUAAAUAUAUAUAAUAGUGCAUAAUUGGCAUAUUCAUGCUUGUGUACAGUUUGAUAAUUAAGAAUAAAAUGUAAAUUUUUUUCUUGAAUGUAGCCUUGUGGAUUUUUAUGUCAUCACUGCCAUCACAAGAGAUUUUUUGAGAAUAAUUUUGUAAUUUUUCAGAUUUGUUGCUGGGAUGUGUAUAUUAGGCUUCAUUCCUAUUUUUUUUUAUGUAUAAUGGGAUUGUUAAAAACUAAAUGCUGUUUAGUGAGAAGGAAUGGCUUUAAAAUUAUAAGCAAAGGUUAAUUAUGUCAAGGGAUAUUAAAAGAGGAUGAGAAGUGAUUGCAAAUGAUUGCAAUGUUGAUAUCCCUUUGUGACUGAUUGAGAGAGUGAAACCACUGGUGGUUUUUUCAUAUCGAGGUAAAAUGUGCACAGCAGGUGCCGACACGGAAAUCAGUUCCUAUUGAUGUGCAAGCAGGUAUGUAUGACAGGGUAUUAUGUGUAUGUGUUUAUGUUUUAUUUACUACUUUUUUAUUUACUACAUUAAUGAGCAGUCGAUGUGAAUAAUUGUGUUUUCAGAUGUGCCCAUGUGCCUGUUUAUGUGUGUGUGUUUAUGUGGAUGUGCUUUUAAAUCUGUGGUUCCCAAUUGCAAAAAUAACUUUGUGGUCUAGUUUAAAUGUAUGCGCGUGUGCGUGUGUGUGUGCGUGUGUGUGUGUGUGUGUGUGUGUGCGUGUGUGUGUAUGUUUGCAUACCUGCAUGCAGUUCUGCUGUUUCCGUUUAUGUGUUUCAUACUGUAAAAGCUUGUAUUAGACAUAAAAAACAAAACAAUUCUGUGAAAACAUGUUUGCUUUGUAUAUUGCAUUUAAAUUGUCCUGACUGUAGUUUGUAUAAUAAAGUUGAGCUCUUAAACCUUAAAA